UGCAAAAUUGUCUUCGUCUUCAUAAAAAACUGUACGCAGUGCACCAAAUUACUCGACCUAUGGCUUCCACUGUCCUUCCCUCGUCAACCCUAACAACUGUUCCCAACUCCUCCAUUCAAACUUCAUUCUUUCCAAAAACAUCUCAACUUUCCAUAUUUAAGAAGAAAAAGCCUUACUAUUUCGUCCCUAAUAAAGUAGUGUCAUGCAAAACCACGAAUGGGAACCAAAACCAGCCUACUCCUAGUUCCGAAAACAAUGGAGACACUUCUCUCAACAGGUUUGAUAGAAGGGAUGUCCUUAUUGGCCUAGGAGGUCUCUACGGUGCAACCAGCCUUGCCAAUGACCCAUUUGCAUUAGCAGCACCAAUAUCCGCCCCUGACCUGACCCUUUGUGGCGAUGCAACUAUUACAGGGACGGAGACUGUCUAUUGCUGCCCACCGUCAAAUGCAAAGAUCAUAGAUUUCAAACCACCUCAGUUUUCCAAGAUACGCUAUAGGCCUGCCGCACAUUUAGUUGAUCCUGACUACUUAGCUAAAUUUACCAAGGCCAUGGAGCUUAUGAAAGCUCUUCCUGACGAUGAUCCACGUAGUUUCAAGCAACAAGCUAAUGUUCAUUGUGCUUACUGUAAUGGGGCUUAUGAUCAAGUCGGGUUUCCUGAUCUUGAUCUUCAAGUUCAUUUCUCAUGGCUCUUCUUCCCAUUCCAUAGAUUAUAUCUUUAUUUCUAUGAAAGGAUUUUGGGCAAGUUGAUUGGUGAUCCAGAAUUUGCCAUGCCAUUUUGGAAUUGGGAUGCUCCUCUGGGCAUGCCUAUACCUGCCAUAUAUGUUAACCCUAUCUCUCCACUCUACGAUGAAAAGCGCAAUGUGAACCACCAGCCACCAGUAUUGGUUGAUCUUGAUUACAAUGGCACUGAGGAAGAAUCAACAAAGAGAGAUCAAAUAAAAAGUAAUCUCAAAGUUAUGUACAGGCAGAUGGUGUCGAACAAGACCCCUACUCUUUUCCAUGGAGCGGCCUACCGUGCUGGUGAUAAUCCCAGUCCUGGAAUGGGUGCCAUUGAGAACAUUCCUCAUACCCCGAUUCAUAGAUGGUGUGGAGACAAAAGACAACCACAUUCAGAAGACAUGGGGAAUUUCUAUUCUGCAGGCAGAGAUCCAUUGUUCUACGCUCAUCAUUGCAAUGUAGAUCGAAUGUGGUCGAUUUGGAAGGCAUUACCAGGAAAGAAGAGAAAUGAUUUCACAGACCCAGACUGGCUUGAUGCCUCGUUUAUUUUCUACGAUGAGAAUGCAAAUCUUGUUCGUGCUAAGGUUCGUGAUUGCCUUGACACCCUAACUCUGGGCUACGAUUAUCAAAGAGUUGAGAUUCCAUGGCUUAGACAAAAGCCAAGUCCUCGAAAGUUUGCCAAGAAAGGUGGAAGGCAUGGUCAAGCAAUGGCAGCCGAAGCAAAGAAUAAAAACGUUAUACGCAAUGUAUUCCCUAUAGUUUUGGACAACACAGUGAGCAUUGAAAUUCCAAGGCCAAAGAAAUCAAGGAGUAAACUUGAAAAAGAAGAUGAAGAAGAGGUAUUGGUGCUAGAAAACAUUCAGUUAGAGAGAGAUGUAGCAGUGAAAUUUGAUGUGUAUAUUAACGAUGUGGAUGAUGGGACACCAACUGGACCAGAAGAUUCAGAGUUUGCAGGGAGCUUCACGAAUCUGCCGCAUCGCCAUAAACAGGGGAAGAAGAUGGCGACAAACUUAACUUUGCCACUAUCGGAUUUGUUGGAGGAUUUGGAUGUUGAAGGUGAUGAUAAUAUUGUGGUGACUUUGGUGCCUAAAGAAGGGAAGGGUCUUGUCACGGUUGGUAAUAUCAAGAUCGGCUAUGUCCGAGAAUGAUCAGUUACUUUGUUGCUCUAGCAUCUUCCGUUCCUUCCCUAGCUACUUUGUGGAAACAUCUUCCUUGAUCCUUGUGUUCUGGGACCGAUGGGUCGAGUGACAUGUUCGUUAUCAAUGUGUGUCCAAUAUAAAUAAGGCCAUUAAGUCUAUGACCAUAGAACCUUUAUAUGUAUGGCCAUUCUUAA